AUGGCCGAGCAGCUUCCCAUCGGCCAUCUGACGCUCGUUAAUGAGCACCGCUGUCUGUUUGCUGAAGGUAUCUUUGUCGAUGAUUAUGAUCCAACAAUAUCAUAUCGACAUCUGGUACUACGUUGCGUGCAAUUCGACGACGAUGCGGCAACCUGGAACGUCGCUCCCAUGCUCUAUGCCGAGAACUUGUCUCGCAAUGGAACCGUACUUACUCGUGAAUGUCCCGUCGAAGAUGGCUCAACAGUUCGACUUGAUCAUCAACUGAACAAGACCAUGGGUCCUGUGCUUCUUCAAGACGGCGAUUUGCUGUACCUGUCAAAGUCAACCUUUGUGCACUACAGCGAGCUCAAUCCUCGACAAGAGCCCACAAUGUCAUUCAUUAUGGACUGUGAAAUCAAGCGUUUCCAAGAAGACUUUACUAUCUUUCCUCGUCUCAUUAGUGCUGGUGGCCAAGGUAGUGUGUAUGUCGCUUGGGAUUGCCACGCUGAACAACAAGUCGCAUGCAAAGCUGUCUCUCUGGCUAGCGUGGAUCUGACCUGCGACCAAAACACAAUUGAAGCCUUCACUCAGGCCGCCUCCAAUCGCGCCUCGAGAGUGCAAUCGAUCAAGCUGCUGCGCAAAAUACAUCGUCUUGAGGUCGAGUAUGAAGUUCUCAAGGAUCUUAGUCAUCCGAAUAUCAUCGACAUGAAGAAGGUGUAUGUCACGACUCACCACAUCUACAUCAUACAGGAGCUCAUGACUGGCGGCGACCUGUUCUCCUAUAUUAUUCAUGAGGGCGGUGUUCUGAGUAACGCUCUGAGCGCAGUCAUCACUCGUCAGCUACUGAAAGCUGUCCAAUACUUGCAUGAUAACGGCAUCGUUCAUCGCGACAUCAAACCCGAGAACAUCUUAUUGUCUUCUUGGGACCACAAUACCCGCGUCGUCUUGACUGAUUUCGGAAUAGCAAAGCGGAUCAGCCAGUCUAGUGUCUCAAACAGUCAGCCAGGCAGAAUCUAUCGCAUGUUCUCGAACUGUGGCACGUAUGGCUUUACGGCUCCUGAAAUCAACAGACUGAAUCCAACCAUGGCAGAGAACAAAGGCUACAGCAGUGCAAUCGACCUUUGGUCAGUGGGUUGCGUCAGUGCACUAAUGUUGACCGGCAGUCUCGCUUUCAACCACCGAGAUGGCGAGCAAGACAUUGGCCAGAUCAAUUCACGCUCCGUUAGCGCUUAUGACAUCUCUCAAAUCGAACAUGGCAAGCAGAGCUGGGAGGGAGUGGCGAAAAGAGCGAGAGAACUUGUCAUGUCUCUGCUCGCACUGCAAGAGGACAAGCGUUCAACAGCCAGGAAAGCACUUGAGCAUUCCUGGUUUACCAACCAUACCUGCUCUGAGAGCUAUGACGCUGUCUACGAAAGAUCUAUCUGCGAUUGGAAGCCAAGCACCGUACCCAAGGAGAAUAUCAUCGUCAACAUUGACACUGGUGAUAUCGCCGUCCCUACUCCAAGCGCUUCGCAAGUUGUUCGUCAACGAUCUGACUCUGCAGUCGUUCAGUCAGAAUAUUUCCAGUCGCAAGCAGAGCAUUAUGGUGAGCAGAUGGAGAUAGACUCGAAUCCCGAGCGAGAGCCGUACGCGAAUGAUCAUCUAGCCGCAAGCCCUGCAUCUCAACCAUCGCAGAACCUUGGAGACCAACCUGUCUCAUCCGACCCUCUUUCAAACACCACGACUCGCUCUCCAUGUGCCCGUGCCCACAUGUCGGCGCAAUUCAUGUUGCCUCCUCGGUCUUCUGGCCGCGACCAGGAGCUCGACGUCUUGCAGCCGUCAGCACAAUUCCGUCCACCGCAGUCCUCAGAUCCCGAUCAAGACCUUGAUUCACUCAAACCAUCGGCACAGUUGAGAAACCUGCAGGCAUCACCGGAGUUCACAUGGCCUUCAUCGCCGCCCAAUAAGCGCAAAGUGCGUUGUCCUUCUCCCGAAUUCCCGUGGUAG